AUGGGUUGCUGCCAAUCUGCUGAACGUGUUGAGGAAAAACAACGAAACGAUGAGAUCGAAGCGCAAAUCAAGCGUGACCGAGCCAACAUGAAGAUGGAAAUCAAAAUGUUACUGCUAGGGGCUGGUGAAUCCGGCAAAUCGACCAUUUUGAAACAAAUGAAGCUCAUCCAUGAUGGUGGCUAUACACCUGAAGAGCGAGAAAGCUUUAAAGAAGUGAUUUUCAGUAAUACCAUCCAAUCGAUGCGUGUGACAAUGGAAGCAAUGCAAGAUCUUGGCAUUGUUUUCCGUAAUCAAGAAAACGAAGUGCAUCGCCGAUUGGUAUUGGAGGCUCCACCCCAAGUCGAUUAUUUGAGCCAUGAGCUUGUGGAAGCGAUUGCAACCUUGUGGGACGACCCGGCUGUAAAGGAUUGUGUUGACCGAGCCAAUGAAUUCCAACUGAAUGACUCGGCACGGUACUAUUUCGAUUCUAUUCUACGUAUCGGCCAACCACACUAUAUCCCUAGCGACCAGGAUGUAUUGCGAUCACGCGUCAAAUCAACGGGUAUCACCGAAACGACAUUUGUGAUUGGCGACUUGACCUAUCGCAUGGUAGACGUGGGUGGUCAACGAUCAGAACGCAAAAAGUGGAUCCAUUGUUUUGAAAACGUUACGACGUUACUUUUCCUUGUCGCUAUUUCUGAAUACGAUCAAGUGUUAUUUGAAGAUGCAUCUGUCAAUCGCUUACAAGAAUCUUUGACCUUGUUUGAUUCAAUCUGCAACUCCCGGUGGUUUAUCAAAACAUCCAUCAUUCUUUUCCUCAACAAGAUUGAUCUCUUUGCAGAGAAAUUGCCACGAAGCCCACUCUCAAAGUACUUUGAUGAUUACAAGGGCGGCGAUCGUUAUGAUGCUGCAUGUCAAUAUCUCCUCCAGAAAUUCGUUGCACUCAACACUCGUGCCGACACUAAACAAAUCUACACCCAUUUUACGUGCGCUACAGAGACAAAACAAAUCAAAUUCGUCAUGAACGCCGUCAACAAUAUCAUUAUGCACGAGAAUCUGGCAAAGGAAGGUCUUUUAUAA